AUGUCGACCACCGAAGAUUCUGCAAUCAUGAACCUGGCUUUCAAAGAGAACUCUCCAAAUAAUCAAGGAAAUAAUAAUUCUACGAAGGAUGACAAUGCCGCACAAGUCGCCUUAACUUCCGCACCUUCGUCUAGCCACAAUAAAAUUGCAAUUCAAGCCAGUGCGAAUAACCAACAGCAGCAACCACCGCAAACACCUACCAGCACCACUGGUGCUGGUGUGAAUACUCCUACUAUGUUGACCAAUAAUAAUAAUGCAGAAACACCCAAACAGGAGCCAAUUGCAAUUCAUCCUGCUCCUCUGGCGAUUCAACCAGCGCCACCGAUGACUCCUCAACAACAACAACCGCAGACACCGGUAGCAGUACAACAAGCACAAAUCGCUGCUCAGUUACAACAACAUCUUCAACAGCAAACUCCAACGGCUAUUUCUAGUACUGCAUCUACUCCUCUUCAUACGCCUCAGCAUCAAAUUCAGCCACAACUUCAUCAUCAUCCUCUAAGACCGAACACAGUAUCAGCCACAACAACGCCACAAACCACACCUUCUGGUAAGCCCCCCGUCGGCAGCGAGGAAUGGCACAGACAACGUCGAGAAAAUCAUAAAGAAGUAGAACGUCGUCGUCGAGACACUAUAAAUGCUGGUAUUAAUGAAUUGGCGAAAAUUGUCCCGGGAUGUGAGAAAAACAAAGGCAGUAUUCUCAAUCGUGCAGUCCAGUAUAUUCAACAAUUAAAGGAGAAUGAGGCUGCUAAUAUCGAAAAGUGGACACUGGAGAAAUUACUAACCGAUCAAGCAAUUCAAGAUUUGCAAGCACAACUCGAUAUGCUUAAAUCGGAUAAUACGAGACUUCGCUCCGAGUUGGAUGAAUUACAACCGGCGAAAAAGAAACAACGUACUGAAUGA